CUGUAUGUAAAAGCCUUAUAUCAGUAUUUAAAAUGUUUAAGAGCAUCUAUGCAAUCCUUGUAAUCCAAGUAAUUUUGGCUUUAAACACCUAUUUAUAGUAGUUGCAUUUUCAGUUAGUGGUCCUGUGAACGGCAAUUGAAUUUGUCAGGAUAAUAUUUUUAGAUUUUACAAAUUUUUAACAUGUCGAAUUUUGCGAACUUGACAUUUCCUCGCAUGAUUUGGGAAAUUAGCACAACACCUCCGUCACUAUGGAGUCCUGAUAUGCUGUGGCAGCUGUGGUUAAGGAUUGUACCAUUUCUUACAGCUCAUUCUGCCCUGAUUGGGAUCAGGUUGCUUCUGAGCCCUGUGAGUUCCAAUAUUGUGCUUCGGACAGCUUGCUGUGUUGUAGGUAUUGGUUAUCCUAUAUACUCCUCUUUCAAGGCCAUUGAGAAGAAAGACAACGAAGAACAAGAACAUUUGCUGACUUAUUGGGCAGUUUAUGGAUGUUUUCUUUAUGCAGAGGCGUUUUCUGACAAGCUCCUAUCAUGGAUUCCUCUAUAUUACCAUAUAAAGCUUGCAAUUCUCAUUUGGUUACAACUUCCGUCUACUAAUGGAUCCAAAGAAAUAUAUGAAAAACAUUUGCGGCCAUUUCUUUCAACACAUGAACCCAGACUUGAUAUAAUAGAGACUGGAGCCUUCAGAGAGAUAAAUAAUUUCCUGGGAAAACAUCAACGUGAAAUCCAGUUUCUGAGAGGUCCACUUCAAAGGCUAAUUCUGGGUGUUUUUCAUGUUCUAAAAGAUAUUAUCCAAUCAUCUCAGCCAUGGGUAGACAAGUCAAUAGAGAAUAGCACAAGUGGAGCAAAUGUUGACACACCAGCAGAUGCUAACUAGAAAUGGACGGUGAAGGUUACAUUUAUCCCGGUAGCUAAUCUUUGAUGAUGAGCCAUUAACUGUUUUGUGGCUCAAUUGGAUUAUUACAGGGUGAUAGAUCUUCGAUGAGAUCCAACAUGGUUGGAUUUAGCUUUUAAAAGUUUCUGAGUUGUUGAAAAACUCUUUGGAUGGACAAUGUAAUAUAUGUACACGUUUGGCCAUGCUUUCUCAAGAUUAGAAAAUUUGUCACUGGUGUAAGACAUUGUGCCAUGUCCUUGUUGGCAGUUUUAAGUCUCUCAAUAAUGAUAGAUGGGCUCCCGCCUGAGUUGGUAAGACAAAGCAAAAAUCUUGUAAUAAAAUAUUUUUCAAUAAGAAACUGUUUUAAUUGCA